CCCAGAGAGUGGCGCUCUAGAGCUUGAGCUGCGGGUGUUUGCCGCGAGGUGUCUGGAUCCCGCUUCCUAACGCAUCUGUAUGUGGAUAUGUCGCACCCGUCCCCCCAGGCUAAGCCCUCCAACCCCAGUAAUCCCCGGGUCUUCUUUGACGUGGACAUCGGAGGGGAGCGAGUUGGUCGAAUUGUCUUAGAAUUGUUUGCAGAUAUCGUACCCAAAACUGCAGAAAAUUUUCGUGCAUUAUGUACAGGAGAAAAAGGGAUUGGAUCUACGACUGGGAAACCUCUCUAUUUCAAAGGAUGCCCUUUCCAUCGAAUUAUUAAAAAAUUUAUGAUUCAGGGUGGAGAUUUCUCAAAUCAGGAUGGAACCGGUGGAGAAAGUAUUUAUGGUGAAAAAUUUGAAGAUGAAAAUUUCUAUUAUAAGCAUGAUCGCGAGGGUUUAUUGAGCAUGGCGAAUGCAGGCCGAAAUACAAAUGGUUCUCAGUUCUUUAUCACAACAGUUCCAACUCCUCAUUUGGAUGGGAAACAUGUGGUGUUUGGCCAACUAAUUAAAGGACUAGGUGUGGCAAGGAUACUGGAAAACGUAGAAGUACAAGGUGAAAAACCUGCCAAAUUGUGCAUUAUUGCAGAAUGUGGAGAAUUGAAGGAAGGGGAUGAUUGGGGAAUAUUCCCCAAAGAUGGCUCUGGCGACAGUCAUCCAGAUUUCCCUGAGGAUGCGGAUAUCGAUUUAAAGGAUGUAGCUAAAAUUUUAUUAAUAACAGAAGACUUAAAAAACAUUGGAAAUAAUCUUUUCAAAGCCCAGAACUGGGAGAUGGCCAUUAAAAAAUAUGCAAAAGUUUUAAGGUACGUGGAUGGUUCAAAGGCUGUUAUUGAGAAAGCUGACAGAUCUAAACUACAACCUAUAGCUUUAAGCUGUGUACUGAAUAUUGGUGCUUGUAAACUGAAGAUGUCGAAUUGGCAGGGAGCGAUUGACAGUUGUCUGGAGGCUCUUGAAAUAGACCCAUCAAAUACCAAAGCUCUAUACCGCAAAGCUCAAGGAUGGCAGGGAUUAAAAGAAUAUGAUCAAGCAUUGGCUGAUCUUAAAAAAGCUCAGGAGAUAGCACCAGAAGAUAAAGCUAUCCAGGCAGAAUUACUGAAAGUCAAACAGAAGAUAAAGGCACAGAAAGACAAAGAGAAGGCAGUAUAUGCGAAAAUGUUUGCUUAAUAAGGAUUGUUUUGUUUAAAUAUUACAUGUUAACGGUAUAAAGGUAAUAGGAAAUGUAAGGGGCUUUGUCUGUUCAUAUGACCCUAAUGUGUUUCCUUUGACACCUCAGUUCCCUGUUGUUUACAGUUGAGGAGUACUGAUAGGGGUUUACUCUUAAUAAAAAUGUUUCAGUGCAUUAAAGUUUUUUUUAAAUGGUCAUCUGCAUUAUUUACAAAGAAUAAUGGUGUCUAGUUUGUUUUUAAACUCCUGAAGACACUUGUUGAAUAAAUAGAUGAAAGCUUAAGUUUCUAUUUUUGUAUUGUUUCCCUCAAUUCUUUGAUGUAUCUGUGGUUAGUUUGCAUUGGUGUUUUACACUUGUAGAUAACAAAUGUAUACCUGUUCAGGGUGGCCAGACUUUUUUGGCCAAGGGCCAGAUAAUAUUUAGGUUUUGUAUACCAUCAGUCUGUCACAACUACUCAAUUCUGCAGUUGUAACUCAAAAUUAGCCAUAAACAUUGUGUAAUCAGUGGGUAUGGCUAUAUAUCAAUAAAACUAUAAUAUGCAGUGAGCUGGAUAUUGACCUCUGGUUUAUCACAACUACUCAAUUCUGCAGUUGUAACUCAAAAUUAGCCAUAAACAAUGUGUGAUCAGUGGGUAUGGCUAUAUUUCAAUAAAACUAUAAUACGCAGUGAGCUGGAUACUGACCUCUGGUUUAGAAUAUAUGUUCAUUUUCAUGUUUGAGACUUAAAUUUGGAAAGUCAAGUGUAUAA